AUGGCAUCACGGGAGACACCCUGAUUGACAUCGGCAGUGGCCCGACCGUCCACCAGUUCCUCUCCGCCUGCGAGUCCUUCCGCGAGAUCAGAGCCACCGACUACGCUGAGCAGAACCGGGAGGAGAUGCGGCGAUGGCUGAAGAAGGAACGGGGGUUUGGCUGGAGUCCAGUGGUGAAAUAUGUCUGUGGGCUGGAGGGAGAAAGGGAAAAAUGCCCAGAGAAGGAAGCAAACGUCCGAAGAGCAUUCAAACAGGUCUUAAAGUGUGAUGUGACCACACCGCAGCCUUUGGCUCCGAUGGUUCUUCCCCCAGAUUGCUUGAUGUCUUCUUUGUGCUUGGAACCAGCUUGUAAAGACCUUCCCACCUACCAAUCGGCUCUGAAGCAGAUCAGUUCCCUUGUAAAACCGGGAGGGCCCGUCGUCUUACUCGCUGUCCUCCAGGAAAGCUUUUACAUGGUUGGGCAGCAGGCAUUCUCCAGCCUCUACUUGGAGAAGGAGGUGGUGGAAGGGAAAGAAGCUGGCUUUCUUAUUAAGUGGGUUGUCCUCACAUACCUAAAGAUAGUGGCCCAAGCCUUGCAAUCGGAUUGA